UUUUAAAGCCUUCCAGCUGUUCCCUAACCAGGGACACUUCCUGUCCGCUAUAACUCUGCAACUCUAGAGAAGGACUGGUGGAUCAGGGAAAGGCGCUGCCCUGCCUUAUUAGUUGUCCAUGACAGAUCCUCUGUGAUGUGGACUCUCUUAGGUUUUAUAAAUGCUCACCCUCACCACAGUAUUUUAAAUAAUCCGAAUUGCAGAGAAUGUCAUCUGUUGUGCUCUCACAACACUCCACAAUCCACUCCUUUGGCGACAUUCGUGAGGAGGCGCUUGUCCCAGAGUGACAGGUCAACCGUUUUCUCCGGGAAAUGUUUUUGCUGUAAAUGCGCUCCAAGUGUUGAAAACAUGGGCAAGCAAGCUCCAAGUCUCCCAUUCUCCCAGACGAAACUUGUCACUCAACCGGAGGAAGGCGGGGACACGCCAGGCCACGCCUCCACCGGAGAUGCUGCCGGGGAGAGUCGAGGAGUCGAAGCCGCAGACGGACGCUGGCUCCCGGGGAGCAUCGAUGCACUACCCCGCCACAGUAGCGGAGUUGACUGGUUGCGAGAGUAGCUGAAGAUCUGGUUGUGUUUAAAGGAGCGGCGACACGGCGGGACUAUGGCCGUCGAAGAGGAGGGUCUCCGUGUUUUCCAGAGCGUUAAAAUCAAAAUAGGGGAAGCCAAAAACAUCCCUCCCUACCCCGGGCCAAACAAGAUGAGAGACUGCUACUGCACCGUCAACCUGGAUCAGGAAGAGGUUUUCAGAACCAAGAUCAUCGAGAAGUCACUUUGUCCGUUCUAUGGGGAGGACUUCUACUGUGAGAUCCCUCGGAGCUUCAGACACCUCUCCUUCUACAUAUUCGACAGGGACGUUUUCAGAAGAGACUCCAGCAUCGGUAAGGUAGCAGUACAGAAGACCUCCAGAAGUACCACGCUAAAGACACCUGGUUCCCCCUGCAGCCGGUCAGUGCGGAUUCAGAAGUCCAGGGUAAGGUUCACUUGGAGCUGCGUCUGAGUGAGGUCAUCACAGACACCGGAGCUGUCUGCCAUAAACUAGCAACCAGGGUGUUGGAGUGUCAGGGUCUGCCGAUCGUCAACGGACAGUGUGAUCCAUAUGCUGCUGUCUCCUUGCUGG